AUGAGCUACUUGAAACACCCCAUCUUGACCAGCCCAGGCUCCUGGAUCAACACCAUCCACGCCAGCAAGUUGUAUCGAGCAGGACAUUACAACCUAUCUGGCCCCUUCACACAGGCACUAGUGGACACAAAAGCCGACGGAUCUUCCACCAGGUUUCCCAGAGGAGAAGUGGUGCAGCUAGCGGUUCAACAGCCGACCCCAGCCGGAAGGGGGGAAGGGGGCAGAGCCAAGGCCAAGUACUGGAUCGCACCUGCCACUGGGGUUUACACCUCCCACUACAUCAUCAACAACCACAGGUACGUGGAGCACAUGGCCAGCGAACGCAGGGAUCUCCGGUUUUAUCCCAAGAAGUUGGCCCACAGGCACGGAACAUCGCUGAAGGGUGAAACAACCUUCAUUCCAGAUAUCAGCGACGUAAUAGUACAGGGGAUUGGCGAAACUUAA